GCAGGCGGAUUAGGCUCUCGGAGAGCCCGUCGAGUGCGAUUGUGCUCGUUGCCCGUGGCGGGAGGGGCGAGGAUCGAAGCGCCGGCGAGUCGAAGCUGCACCGCGGCACAGCGCGAGGGCGAAGCGAAGGGAAGGCAGGCCAGGCCAGGCCGGGCCGGGCCGGGCCGGGUUGUUCAGGACGCGGAGGAGGGAGGGAGGAAAGGAAGGAAGGAAGGAGCGACUGGGAGAUGAACCUUUACAGCGGAUAAAUUUAAUAAGUGUAAGAGCGCGGCGGUGCUAGGCUGACAGACGUUUCGUUGGCAGCGCUUCAGCACAGACUCAGACUGAGACUGGCACGCGGGUGAGCGACCACCACCAGCCCGGACGAACACGCUCCCACCAAGUAGUGACCAGCCGUCCAGUGUCAAAGACCAGUUUCAACCGGUUUGCCCGGCUGGUGACCCCCAGACAGCCGAUCCCCCCGAAAGCCCGGCUCCCUGCGCUCGCCCGGCGGCCACCGCCGCCGCCGCCGCCACCAUGGCAUCUCUGGAAGAGCGGGGGGACGUGGGAGUGGCGGCCGCGGCGGGCUCCUCCUCGGCCGGCCUGGGGGUGGGCGCGCCGGGGGGCGGCAUGGAGCCGGCCGCAGGGGGCGCCGUGCUGGCGGGGAUGCAGGAGGAGGCCGGGAUCGGAGCCGGGGUGGGCCUGCGCAGAGAGGGAGCCGGGCCCGAGGCCGACCAGGACGCGCCCCCCAAGAAGCGGGCGAGGCCGCAGGAGGGCGAAGCCGUCAAGCUGGAGGAGCGACUCUACUCGGUGCUGUGCUGCACCGUGUGCCUGGACCUGCCCAAGGCCUCCGUGUACCAGUGCACGAAUGGACACCUCAUGUGUGCCGGUUGUUUCAUCCACCUGUUGGCGGACUCCCGGCUGAAGGAGGAGCAGGCCACCUGCCCCAACUGCCGCUGCGAGAUCAGCAAGUCUCUGUGCUGCCGCAACCUGGCCGUGGAGAAAGCUGUGAGCGAGCUGCCCUGCGACUGCGGGUUCUGCAUGAAACAGUUUCCCCGGAGCGUGCUGGAGCGCCACCAGAAGGAGGAGUGCCAGGACAGAGUCACCCAGUGUAAGUACAAGCGCAUCGGCUGCCCCUGGCAGGGACCUUUCCAUGAGCUCACGGCCCAUGAGGCCGAGUGCAGCCACCCCACCAAGACGGGCAACGAGCUCAUGGACAUAUUGGACGAGAUGGACCAGAACCACCGCAAGGAGAUGCAGCUCUACAACAGCAUCUUCAGCCUGCUGUGCUUCGAGAAGAUCGGCUUCACAGAGGUGCAGUUCCGACCGUAUCGCACGGACGACUUCAUCACGCGGCUGUACUAUGAGACACCGCGCUUCACGGUGCUCAACCAGACCUGGGUUCUGAAGGCACGCGUCAACGACUCGGAGCGCAACCCUAACCUGUCGUGUAAGCGUACGCUGUCUUUCCAGCUCAUCCUGAAGAGCAAGGUCAACUCUGCGCUUGAGUGCUCCUUCCUCUUGCUUAAGGGUCCCUACGACGACGUAAAGAUCAAGCCCGUCAUCCACCACCACGUCUUCAGCAACGACGCCAACGAGACGGACUACGUGCCCUUGCCCAUCAUCGACUCGGUGGAGUGCAACAAGCUCCUGGCAGCCAAGAACAUCAACCUCCGCCUCUUCAUCUUCCAGAUCCAGAAGUAAUGGGAGGUGGAAGAGGAGAAGGGAGGACUGCUGGCGGUUCGGGAGAAAGGGAGGGUGGAAGUGGGAAUACUGGGGUAGAGGGUGGGAAGGGGCUCUUGGGUUGGAUUGUUACCCCCCACAGAAGCAGGCUGCUGUAAACUUCAACACAACCGAGCAGGAGAGAUGAAACGGGCAGUUGGCUUCGGAGAGCACCAUUGAACCAGUUACCUCUUUGCAGAAGCGCACGAUGCUGUCACUCCACAGGACCUGAUGGUGGGAGGGCAGAGGCGGGGCUCGCACCAAAAUGAAGUAGUGAAUCUCCCCAAAAUGUCUGCAUCUCGCCUGCUUUGCCGCACCGGUCUGCGAGCCCCUUUGCUGGCAGGUUGUCUUCGCUGCGUCCUUUGCUUUGUCUCCUUUUGACAUUUGACGGACCGGGAAGCGUGCACGUUCACAAGCCGCUGGCCACGUGGUGGAGCAUCUGUAGGAAUGGGCCUCGCGCUCACGGCACGGCACGGCACGUGACCGGUGCAGGUGGAGAACGUGUCUCCUCAAUCAAUGUGAAUGCCUUUCGGUAUCUGCUUAAGAGCCACUGUCCUUGGACAAGGAGGGACUCCUCACCUACGAGUGUCCCCCAGUGACGGUCUCGCAUCUCCGGGAGGAAGAAGGUGCGUGCCAAACCAGCAGGACCACAUGUGGCGCCUGCUCAUGUGACUACACAAGAAAUGUCCUCCUCCUCCUCCUCUGCAGGAGGGUGAACCAACCUUGAACUUUGCACGUGGAUUUCUUGGAAGGACGUGUCCGCUGGUCAGUCCAAAUCUAUAUCCAAAUGAACGCCGAGGUCAAGACCAAGUGCAGCUGUGUCACACCCUGUUAAGCGUACAGAGACCUUGAUGCCCAUCGUACUGUCGGGGUCUGGAAAAGUUGGAGAGCAUCCGGGAAAGGAAGCGAUGCCUCGACCGUUGAGGCUCCUCCAUGCAGGACUGGUCGAGAGCGGGCUGUGUCGACCGCUUCCUUCCAGAUUCGCACCCUCCCUUCUCGCUCAUUCACACGCAAGAACCGUAAAGAGGACCUUGGUGCGAGCUUAGCUGGGGUGCCGUGUUGAGGGCUCUGACGUCGGAGAGGAUAGACCGGCGGCCACUGGGAUCGACAGGAGGCCCGGUGUGAGUCGACCUCGGUCAUGGCAUCAGUACAACACUGGACUGUAGCGCCCCCUCCUGAUUGAACAAACUAAACGCUGAAUUUUGAUCAUAGAAACCGUGUUUUAUUUUAAGAUGAAACAUUUCCCUGUUUUAGGACAGCAGAGAGGGAGUGCAGUUUGACCUUUCACCUUCCACAUGCUAAAAAAAACACAAAACAACUGAACCUAGCGUGCGUGCUUUUAAUUUUCCUUUUAAGGGUACUCUUAGUUGCAUAUGCGGAACCCUGUAAGCUAACCUGUACGUUUGGUUUCUUUUUAACUGAAGUAUUUAAAUAUCUGUGAAUUUUUGCCUCUUUAGACUGGUUUCUCGUACCUGUGCUUAGGAUACUUGACCAGGGCAACUAUGUUACCUUGAGUUUGCAUUAUUUUUGAGGAGCAAUCUGUGUAUUGCAUUAAAUUUAAUAUGAUGCGUACUGUGAAUCAGACUUGACUUGUUUGAUUAUAGCCGAGUGGCUGCAGAAAUGCAGGUGGAGCAGGAGGUGGAGGAGACGGUGGCGUGUGGAGCAGGGCCAGGAAGAGUGGCUUUGAACUUGUCGAGGUGGGAAACGUCUCAGGCCGUAAUGGUUGAUGGUUCGAGUCUCCAAACUGUUGCCCACCUCCCUUAACUUCCCCUUUUCUUCCUUCCGUCUUCAAGCUCCUUGCGUUUUAGUAGCGGAUGGAGAGUCUUGUGUCGAUUUUGAGACGUACCGCUCCCCUCCCGUCCUUUUGCUGUGGCUCCCUGUUGGGGGUGGGGGGGUGCCUCACCUGUUGGUUCCAUCUCCUCAGCCAAACCUGCUGUUCACUGGGGGCCACAGCCGAGGAGUGGAGUGGGAGUCUCAUAACAGCCCACUCAACAGGGGGCGCUAGAGAGUUAUCUUCGAGCUCUUCAGAUUGGCCAACUGCCCGCAUCUCCCAGAGGAGUCCUUGGGAAAUUUUCUGCUAAAGCUGCAACUCUUGACAUUUCUUUGUCUCUCUCUGUCUCCCUCUCUCUCUCUCUCUCACACACACAGAAACACACACACGUGUAUCUCCUCACACUACGGUUGGAGGAACCAGAAGCACAGCUCACACAGUGGCCCUGGGUCAGCAGUUGAGCUCUCGCUGUAACACUAAUGGUCACACUGAGCACCCUCCCCCCCCCCCCCCCGCCAGCAGAACCCCCCGAAAAGUUGUUUGUACUUUGUGUUCAAAGCCUUAUGGUGACGAGGGGCUGUUUCACCCCCCGAAACUCUCACAGUUGCUGCAAACGGCCCUUUCGUUAAAGCUCUUGUGUGAAAAGUGCAGAGACGUUGUGAAAUGCUGUCCUUACCUCGAACCCGCUGCCAGGAUCUUGGUCUUUACACUGAAGUAGUGUGACCGAGUGGGGCUCCGUGAGACACGCGGCUCUGUAGGUGGACCCCCGUGCUGAAUGAAGAAACCUUCAUCAAGGACCCAGGAGGGACUUGAGAACUCAGACCCUGGGUUCUGAGAACCUCGAGCCUGAAGCGGAACUGACCUGUUCGUGACUUUCCCACAAUCGCAGUGAAUAACAGUUUAACAGCGCAAAUGUCCCCUGAUUUAGGUUCUGUACAAAUUUAAACUGUACCUAUAAUAAAUACAUUGUAAGUCUAUUAUUUUAUUAACUUUGAGCUACAAUAAAAUUGAAACCAACUUAAAAAGAGUAGAAAUUCAUUCCAUAAAGUUGCGCAACGUUCGUCUUACUGACCCUGAGGAGCAGCAGACAGGAGCUGUAAACACUGGAAGUGAGCUCAAUAAUGGUGGUUCUAUGCUGCUCUUCAAAAGCUCUUUACUGCUAGCUGUACUCUGAAAUGCAGCUCACGUUUCCAGAAAUUUGACAAAGCGAAAUUGAAGUGUGUUAAACAUUAAAAUUCUUACAGCCACUGUUAGUAGCACAAGUUCAAGUACAUGUGGAGUCGUUUCAGCGCCGAAGGUUCGAAUGCUACCACCUGGACAGCACUUGAGCAGACAUUAAGCCACAGGAGUGGCCUUGAAAAUGACAAUGUGUGUUUUCCACUGGUGUUCCCUUCCAUACACUGCAGGGCGACUCCACAGUCAGUGGAGAAAGUGCAUUGUGAGGACGGUCGGGGAAAUCGAGGAAACGGGAAAUUCGUGCCACUGCCGCACCGCCUGGUGCUCGUGAGGCCCACUGCUGUCCUGCAGGUCUCACCUGCUGGAGUUCCACCUCCUUUCUGGAUGGUUCUGAACACAGCUCUUCGUUGCCAUUAAUCGACGACUGCGGUAGACCCAGAGUACCUGCACCACGCUACCCACCUGUGGACAGGAAGGGAACUGCGGCUCCCGCUUCUAAACGGACGCAUUUACUCAUUGAUUCAGCCCAUUUCUCCAAGGUGACGUACAUACGUACAAUUCGGAGUAAACGUACGCGCAUCCGCAACAGAUAAAGAGAAACAGACAUGAUUCUGAAAGUAGUGGAAGUGUAAGGAGCACACAGGAGAUCGGGAACAAAGCGCCUCUCGAAAGAGGUGCUGUGCCGUCUCCAACCUCUUUGACAUCAAGGUUCCACGGUACAGGAUAUUUUAGAGGCACCAGAGCUGAAGUGUGUAACGCUCCUGUUGGCCGCAAAGGGACACCGCGAUGAGGCGUUCCUUUCCCCGUUCAUUGGCUGCGGGUGGGUUCAUCCCUCCAGAGGCCGAGUUUCGUGCCGCUCGGCGCGACGAAGGAUCGAGAUCGGUGACCCGCGGCAGAGCCGUCAAACGGAGGCUGGAGAUGAGCUGGAGAGGCGUAGAAAAUAAUCGGCUUAAAGAAUGACCGACCUGGAGGCCGAAGCCCUGCUCUUCCUAUAAAUCCAUAUUAAUUAGCGCUUGAUUGACACCCAGGACACCAGGUGAGGUGACUCGCUAUCCUGUUAAUUACCGCAGCCGAGCAAUUUGGAGCCGAGGUUCACGAAAAAGCAGCGCAUCUUGUGGCUGUCGAGGAGCUGGGUUGGACACCCCAAUUUAUUUUUCCUACGCUUCCGACCUCGUUCAUACGCAACACGCAUGUCUAAUGAGCAGCUCUAAUUGGGCUGAGUGGGGGGGUGGGGGGGUUUGAGUGGAUCUCUGGUGUAGGGGACCGUGUCCAUUAUCCGGGGACUGACGCAGCACCGUCGUUCAGGACCCACUUCAAGAUGAUCCCCUGCCACUGACCCUGAGCACUCGAACCCUCCUCUUUAUCUGGAAAAUUUCAUCUGAAAACAUAGUGUGUGUAUGAACAGCAGUCAGAGACACGUCUAGGGGGACGAGCAGUGUUAUUACACAUGUGUAGUUACUGUAUAGGAUACUAUAAUUAUUGUAUAGCGGGGGGCGGGGGGGGUGGAGAAAUGGAACUGCGGCCCAUUGACAAGCGGAAGUAUCAGGAUGUAAUUCCCCCGUCGCCACCAGAGGGCAAUGUGGUAAAAGCAGUGGAGCACAUGGGCUCAUCAGUGCUGGAGAAAAUACGAGAAAUGGCCUGAAAAUGUGUGUUUUAGUGGUGCCACGUGCUGCAUGCGAGAUGCUCGCAAUAAGUGGACGGUGGGGGCUGUUUGUUGGCCCGGGGACGAGCGGGACGGUUCUGCUGCGUGUGGUUAACGCUCCCAAUGAUGAGGGCAGGGCAGGGCAGGGCA